AAUGACGAUUUCCGGUCGACGUCCAGUGAGGUAAUCGAGAUAAUCAACAAAGAAAGUUGCGACUACAUUAAGAGGAAACGGACAGAUAUUUCGCUGCAUACAGUGAAGACGUGUGUUGGCUAUUUAUGUUCACAACUAAACAUAGGUCUCAGAUGGCAUCAACUAGUUUUUGAGUUUUGAUUUACCGCAGCCUGCAGGUCACAGAUUGUGCAAAACCAUCAACAUGGCGCAGGCAAAAAACGCAUAUUUUGCACAGGUACCAAGUUUUCGACUAGAAACCGUCAUUGAGGAGUGGAAUGCUGCAUACGAGAAAGGAGAACUUUCAAGAGUGCUGAAAACUCAUUGGGCACUAUAUGUGCCUGCAGUUUUUUCAUGUGGUCAUGAUUCUGAAAAAGAGCAACGAAGAGCAAACACCUUUCUGUUCCAUCCUUUAGAGACUUUCUUUUGCAGUGGAGAUCCUAUAACUACUUUUCAGGAGCUGAAAGAUAGGGAUAACCCAUCCCAGAUUUGUGGACAUGUCUUUCGGAGUGGAGAGCCAACAUACUCCUGCCGGGAUUGUGCAAAUGAUCCUACCUGUGUCCUGUGCAUCAGCUGCUUCCAAAAGAGCAAACACAGGAGCCAUAAAUACAGGAUGAGUACCUCAGGAGGUGGAGGAUACUGUGACUGUGGAGACCCAGAAGCAUGGAAAUCAGAUCCAGCAUGUGAUGAGCACAAGGCUAACUCAUCUUCUAAGAAAGAUAAGGAUUCAUUGGCCAUGCUUCCAGAAGCUUUCAAGGAUCGAAUAUCAGAAGUGUUUUCAACAGUGUUGAAGUACAUUGUAGACUUGCUGACUUGGAAUGAUGGCAUCCAUCUGCCUGAGGGUCUUCAGCCAGAGGGUGAAGUUGGUGAUGACUGCCAUUGCAUGCUCUUCAAUGAUGAAGUACACACCUAUGAACAGGUGAUUACUACACUGCAAAGAGCAAUUGACUGCACCAAACGACAAGCUGUUGAUUUGGCUACCAUUGUUGAUCGGGAAGGUCGCUCAUCUGUGAAGCAAGGAACAUUUAAUGAGUGUGAAAAAGUGAGCGAGAUGAUAAAGCGGAGUACAUCUCGGCAUGGUAGCAAACCACUAAAGGUCAUGGUUAUGCACAACUUAGUGGUAGCUCAUCAAACUUUUGUGUUACGCUGCAUUGAUUGGCUGCAGACCAUUAUUAACAAAAGUGAAGGACUGCGCCAUCUUUUUUGUCUUAUUUCAAUGCAACCAAGGCAUACAGGUGAUUCGCUGAUGGAACACUUAAUUAUGGCAGACACACAGCUCUGGAAAAUGGCCAGGGUCAUGUGUCAUCAACUGUUAAUGUCUGGGGUUCUGAAAGAUGCAGAAUGCAAAAAGCAGUUUGCUGUGAUAUUUACAAAGCAUUAUCCACAGAUGAUGCAAGAUUUUAAUGAGGACGACCAUGAUCAUGACGUCUCAGUUACAUCUCUUUCCGUUCAAAUAUAUACUGUCCCAAGCCUGCACUAUGCAAGUCUCAUGGCAGAUUUUGUACAGGAUGACCAUUACCGAUCCGUGUCCAUAACCUCAAUCUCAGUCCAAAUUUUCACAGUGCCUACCUUGGCCAGAAUGCUGGUGAAAGAGCAUGAUCUUAUCAAUGUUAUCCUCAAAAGUUUCUUAAAACACUGCCAGGAAAAGAAAAACAGGGUUGGGAAGCUGUCAUUUGAAAGGAGUGAAAGAAAUGCAACAUUCAAACGAGCCUGCUACAUGCUGUAUGAUCUGAAAUAUGCAUUGCUGUGUAAGCCUGCAAUGCCAGAGGAAUGGUCUGAUGGUCUUCGCAACAGCUUUCUAAACGGCUUUGUGUCUAUGCUGAAUCUCUUGAAGAUGAUGCAGGGCAUGGAUUCAGUAAUUCGACAAACAGCCCAGCAUUUGGAAUUUGAACCAGAGUGGGAAGGUGCUUUCAAUUUGCAGCUGAAAUUGGAAGACAGUUUGGUUCUGUUCAGUGACUGGUGUUCAUCUGAUCGCUUUUUACUGAUUGAAGCAUACAAAGAGACCACAGAGGCUUUAUGCCAUUGCAGAGAGAAAGUCGAGAAGGAAAGGGUUGAAGUUGGUGGCCACACAGCUAAAUGCAUCAGAUAUGAUGUCAGCUCACAGCCAGUAUCUGUCCAUCUGCCUGUUACACGCUUCUUUGCCUCUCUUUACAUGCAUCUUGCUGACUUUGGCCUGAAGUUUGAUUCUGCAGUACUGAUGACAAGGAACCGGUUGGAAAUCAUGGAAUUGUUGGAGCCAGCUUUACGUGUCCAAGUGCUGGUUGCUCAGGCACAGGCUGGCAUGUGGCGACGAAAUGGAUUUUCUCUCCUGAACCAGAUUUAUUUCUACACAAUGUACGGUGCAGAGAACAGAUGUACAACAAAGAAUAUAAUACUGAUGCAGAUAUCAGCCUCACUCAUGGACAGCGAUGAAUUUUUGAUCAGCUGUCUCAAUAAAUUUGGAUGGCCAGACUAUGAUAAUCUACAGGCCAAAGAGGACUUUUUGAGACAGACAGUUACACUAGCUGAGAGUUUCCUUAAACCUGCUAAUUGUGAUCUUGGGUUAGUGUUCAGCCUUUCAGAACAGCUUACACAGAAAAUGAAAGAUUCAAGAUUUACUACUAAUUGUGUGAUAAAGGCAUAUGAACACAGUGUUGGCAGUCACCUUUCACUGUGGUCAUUGCCUGAGUGA